CUCUAGACUCGUAACAAAAAAUACGUUGGGUUGUGGAAUCUGCGAACGGGAGACUGAAACAGUGGAAAUACUUACAGAACAUCAUCCCAAACAGCCAGAUACCUGUUAUUGGAGAUUAUGUGCGUCUCAUUGCAGCACUGUGUAACCGAUAUCUAACUCCACUGAGCAGUGGUACCAUUGAUACCGACCAAGUUGUUGCAGCAAAGAUGAAGGUUCUUUCUUUGAAAGGAAAUGCUCUCCAGGAAAGAGUUAAAGAGGAGAAUUUGGAACGAAGGACUGUUGCAUGGAAAUCCCUUUCAUCGAAUUCCAUUGAAUUAACCGACUUCCCUUCAAUGUCAGAGGAGGAGCUUCGAAACCUGACUAUUGGUGUUUACCAGCUAAAACUUGCUCGCUCAUACACACAUGAACACCUUGCUGAGGAUGGGGAAUAUGUCAUCAUGGUAAAUGACGGUACAGCUGGAUUACUCAGGGCAAGGAUCCAAAGUCGGCACACAAGUUCGAAGACCUACCUAUUGUGGAUCGACUAUAGCCCCGCAGUCAUCAAUGGCUGGUAUUGCCAGUGUAAGGCUGGUGCCAGAGUUGUUGGCACCUGUGCCCAUGUUGCUGCAGUGAUAUGGUAUAUUGGAUAUGCCCGCCAUGUUGGUACGGUUAGGGGAGUCCGGAAUUUGUCUGAGUAUUUGGAGGAUGCAGCAAAUGUUCCAAUUAUUGUGGAUGUGUCUAGCGAGGGUGAUAGUGAUCCGAAAGAGUAAUUGUGGAUUAUAUAUACUGUAUAUGCCAACCUCUCCUUCAUUUAGAUGGUUACCAAUUUAUUGCAUAAACAUUGUAACUUGAUGUAUCCAUUAUAUCAUCAAAUACAAGUAAUUGGACGUACAGUGUAAUUGUCUCAUCUAAUGAUUUAUUGAAGGUCUGAAUUUAAACUGUAAAUAAUUCACAUCGGUAACAAAUUGUUUUGUAUAAUAAGCUGAUUUGAUUUAAUCACCUGUCACACCAAGAUGUGUUUAGGAUUACUGUGUUUACAGGACAUAGUCCAGAGUUAAUUGUGUUCAGUGUACAAAAUGCCAAUCUCAGAACAUAAUUAUUUUGGUUUAAUAUUGAAAUAUUGGUUAGCUAAUAGCAUACUUUGAUGAUCUAUAAUGUCCAUCAGUGGAUUGAUGUACUUUGCUCCAGCAGUAUGAUCUGCAUACAAAUGUAUAUACAAAUGUAUUUUUCCUCUUGUUGAAUAUAUUGUUGCCCAAUUAUGAAAUUGUUAUGAUAAAUGAUAAUGCUGCAUGGCAAUGUUACUCAUCAUGUUGAUUUUAUUAUGCUUGUUUGGAUUUAAUAUAUUGUAUGAGAAAUUCAUGAAA